AUGGCGCUGCUCACUACGCAUGUACUGCUGGCGAUCUGCGUGCUAAGCUUCGCUAUUCGUCUCUUCCCGGUCGUCACAUGGGGAAGUGUCAUCCACGAGUUCGACCCGCAAUUCAAUUUCCGCGUUACGAAGUUCCUGGCCCAGCAUGGCGUCUACGAGCUUCUAGACUGGUUCGACAAUCGCGCAUGGUAUCCUCUAGGCCGUAUCGUGGGCACGACGGUGUAUCCUGGGCUUAUGGCUGGUGCUGCGGGGCUUCAGUGGCUGCUGACGCUAGUGCUGCGGUUCCCGAUUUCCAUCCGUGACGCCUGUGUCUUCCUGGCGCCAGUAUUCGCGGCACUCGCCUGUGUAGCGCAGUUUUUGCUGACCCACGAAGUGACAGAUAAUACGACGACGGCACUGUUGUCGGCCAUGCUUCUAAGUGUGUCACCAGCGUACAUCUCGCGCUCCACAGCUGGGUCCUUUGACAACGAGGGCAUUGCAAUCUUCCUUCUCAUCUUCACCUUCUACCUGUGGGUAAAAGCCAUUAAGACAGGCGCGAUGCUGUGGGCAGCUCUGACUGCUGUUUCGUACUUUGGCAUGGCGCUGUCUUGGGGAGGAUACGUUUUUAUUCUCAAUAUUUUGCCAAUCCACGUGCUGGCGUUGUCGGUCUCGGGACAUUAUUCGCCCAAAGUGUACGUGGCAUAUUCGACGUUUUACCCGCUGGCGACACUGGGAGCGAUGCAAGUCCCGUUCAUUGGCUUCAAUGCGGUGCUAAAGGGUGAAAAUGCUGGAUCUCAUGGAGUAUUUGCGCUUCUGCAAGCGUACGCGUUCAUGCAGUGGCUGUCUACCCAGAUACCGAGAGACCAAUUCAAGGUGCUUCUUCGAACGUGCGUGAGUGUUGGCGUCGCUAUCGUCGGUAGCGGCUUAUUAUUAGCCUUGUUACUGGGAAAACUUCAAUGGAGCGGUCGGAGCUUGACGCUUCUGGAUCCGACGUACGCGUCCAAGUAUAUUCCGAUCAUUGCAUCGGUGGGGGAGCAUCAACCGACUGUGUGGUCAGCGUUUUACUUCUCUCUUGGGCCAGCGAUGCUCUUUAUUCCGUUGGGGGUCUUUUAUUCCUUCCAGAGGCUGGACGCCGCUUUCCUGUUUAUGAUUAUUUACAGCACAUUUGCCUUCUACUUUUCGGGCAUCAUGGUCCGAUUGCUGCUGACUCUUGCCCCGGCAGCUUGCUAUCUUUCGGCUGUUGGUGCUUCGGGCUUCAUGCACAAAAUCGUGAAAGUCACACGCAGAGAUCCAGUUGAGGCUGAAAAGUCAGAAGGAACGGAGACUAACAAUGCCGGUGAUGAGUCGAUGAGAAGGACAGGUGACGAAGAAGAGGAAGAUUCGACCAAGUCUCAUGCGGGGGAUAUUCUCUCGGCCCUUGCCGCUAAGCUGCGCUUCCAGCCCGAUGAUGGUGAAAAGCAGAGGGCUCCGAGGGGGCUCCAGUUGCUGGUGCUCGCUUGCGGGGUUCUCCUCAUUAUCCACGCUCGGCAUUCAUCCAACAUCGCCAAAAAAGUUUAUUCAUCCACAUCGCUUGUGUUCGAGAAAAUGAACAUGACAACGAAGGAAAAAGAUUUGCACGAUGACUAUCGAGAAGCCUUUGCGUGGCUACGGCAGAAUACGCCAGACGAUGCCAAAAUCCUGAGCUGGUGGGACUACGGAUACCAGAUCACAACGCUUGCAAAUCGCACAGUGCUUGUUGACAAUAACACGUGGAACAACACGCACAUUGCGACCGUUGGGCGCGUACUCACAUCACGUGAAGACGAUGCGUUGCCAAUUUUACAAAGUCUUGACGUUGACUACGUGUUCGUACUGUUCGGAGGACGCGUCGGCAUGCCUGGCGAUGACCUGGACAAGUUGCCAUGGAUUGUCAGAAUCUCGGAAGGCGUGUUUCCCGACGACGUGAUCGAGUCGGAGUUCCAGGUAAACGGACGCUAUAUUUUCCACGAGAAUGCGACGCUCGCGAUGACCCAAAGUGUUCUCUACAAGCUAAGCUACUUCGAAUUUAACCAAGUGCAGAGUCCCUCUGCAAAGGAAGGCGAGGAGGACCCCGUCUUCGGAUGGGAUAUGAGUCGUCGAUUUAGAAUUCCACAGCGCGACAUCAACUUGCAGCAUUUCGAGCACGUGUUUACCUCGGACGCGUGGAUGGUUCGGAUUUAUCGAGUUAAAAAGCGGUAG